AUGAGAAGAAAUUUUGUGAUACCAGUACUAUUAGGUGAUGCGCUACCACGGCCAAAUGGGUCUGAGGAAGAUUACGAGAAGUAUUGUCGAUGUAUGAUGAUGUUGUUCAAACCGUGGCGCGAUUUAAGGUCUUUGAAAGGUCAACAUAGUACUUGGACUGAGGCGUUUCAGACGGAAACAUUUUCCCCUAUAAUUGCUGCUUUAAUUCGCAACAUGAACGUGGAGAACGAAUGCAAAGAUGCUCGAGACAAACAUGCUGCGUUAGUAAGGGAACAACGUGCUAAGCCCCAUAUCUUU